AUGGCUCCUUUUACCUCCGAUGAGCUGAAAGAAAUUGCUGACUACGAAGUUUUGGUUAAAAACUCCAAAGAAACUGGAUUAGAUAAGCCCAGUAAAGUGUUAUUACAAAGAGUAAAAGCGGUAGAAAAAGAACUGCGUUUAAUAGAUUAUUUAGGAAAAGUCGAUGAAAAGAUUAUGACAAAGAUUGCUAAAAGUAAAAAAGGGGUAAAAAAACAUAAUGAGAAAAUUCACGAUCAAGCAGAAAAGGAGGAAAAUCAAGGAAAUUCCGCGGAAAUAGAGAAAUUAAAAAAAGAAUUAGCCACCGAAAGGUCUAAAGUUCAGCAAGAGAAAACUAAAUCACAGUUAGAAAUAAAAAGGUUACAGAAUGAAUUACAACAAACUAAAAAAAGUGAGGAAGAAUUGACAGAGAAGAUAAAAGAAUUAUCGGGUAAGAAAGUUAAAACUCAAACUGUAAGUGAAGAAAAGGGUUUUUGGCAGACCAUUAAAACUCUCCUCUUUUAUGGAGUCGGAGGAUUUAUUAAUCCCUCCUAUCCUAACUUACAACUAGGUCAACAACCAACUUUAGGGUUGACUGCCACUUGA